AUGGUUGUUGUCGCCGUUGCUGGCGGUACUGGAGGUGUCGGUCGUACCGUUUUAGAUGCUAUUGCGAAGUCAGGUAGACACACAGCCAUAGUGCUAUCAAGAACUGCGGCAGCAGCCGCGCCAUCUAACGAACCAAGCCGUUUUGCUGUCGACUAUAACAAUGUCGAGCAGAUGAAGAGUAUUCUGCAAGAUAACAACGUUGAAGUCGUUGUAUCGGCCUUGCUUUUAUCUGAUGAAAAUGUUGCACGAUCUCAGAUAAAUCUGAUUCAAGCUGCUGCUCAAUCAGGAACAGUGACCAAAUUUAUCCCCAGUGAAUACUACAUUGAUUUUCAUGCUCCAAUUCCUGGUUCUGACUUGUUUACCAACUUUCAAAUUGAGGCUGAGGAAGAGCUCUUACGACAUCCACAGUUGACUUGGACCCUUAUUAGGGUUGGGAUCUUCCUCGAUCAUCUAACUAUGCCUCAUAAUCCUAAGCCAACAUAUAUUAGCCCAUUCUGGGUAUUCGUCGACAUAGACCACGAGCGAUGUGUCUUUCCUGGCGACGGAUCACAACCACUUGUACUUACGCACUCAACAGACCUGGCAGCAUAUAUAGAGUGUUUAAUAGGACUUCCGGCCAAAGACUGGCCACGUGAAACCCUUGCAGCAUCAAACAAGCUGCAGGUAAAGGACCUUGAAAAUCUUCUUAAGAAAGUUACAGGAAAAGAUUUCAAUGUCACAUACGAUCCUGUAGAAUCAAUUCAUAAGGGUCAGAUCACCCCGUUACCUUCUAACGAGGCAGUGUUUGAUGAUCCUGCUAAGGGUGAAUUGUUCCACGAAGUUGAGCUUCAGGUCAUGCUUUCAAUGCUGAGCAAUGCGCAUGACUUACCUGGAAAGAGUCUUGCAGCACUUUUUCCCGAGGUUCAAAUAACAGAUAUUGAAGAAUUCCUUACAGCAGGCUGGAAAAUGAAGCAGAGCACAAAGCCAUAG